CACACACACAGAGUCAGACUGAAGUGAACAUCUCGGUGUGUCAGAGAACACAAAUGUGCGCGCAGAAGUGAGCGGCGGCGGCAGCGGCGGCAGAAGGGUCUUUGUCGCCUCUUCAUCAGAACACACCGUUCGUUGUAUCUUCACAUGUUUGCCGUGGCAGCGGAAGACAAGCGCGUGCACACGUACAAACACUUUCUGUGCACACCGCAGCUGAAUGCUGGUGUCUCUGGACUGUCCUCGCGCGUUCUCUCUCUCUGCUGCUGGUUUGUCAUUGUCGUCGUCUCAAGGGAAACUAGUGCAAAUCUAAAUUUGAGAAGCUACAACCACAAAGCAGGUACCAGUCCGAUGUCCUCUCCUCCUCCUCCGACAGUGUGAUGCAUCAUGGCUCCGGUGCUGAGUGGAGUGUGGUGGGGGCCGGAGGCCGGUGUCGUCGGGUCGGGGGCAGCAGCUGCCACUGGUGUGGCGUCUUGGCUCGGCAGUGAGCAGCUGGUGCUGGUCAUCACCCUCAGCGCCUUCACUGUCCUGCUGCUGGUCUCUGUGCUGCUGCUGCUGUGUGCGAGCUGCCAGGGGCAGAAGAAAACAAUCAGUGGACAUCCAGCAGGAGACCACGACAACCUCAUGAAUGGAGUGUCGGAGAGAGACACGAUCAGCCAAUCGGCAGACAGUCCGGCGACGGACAUGGCCGUCAGCAGCUCUCACAACGGUCCUUUAACUAGCGGUACAAUCCUCUCAGACACACAGGACACCAGUCCUCAGCCCUCUGAGGAGUUGCUUUCCAGCCAAUCGGAACUCAGGUCCUCCAAAUGUCCUCAGGACCGCGAGCUUCCCAGCAUCCCUCCCAACAAUGCCCUUAUCAGUGACGGACCCCCAGCCUCCGGGGACAGCACCUAUGAGGUGGUUAAAGAGAUCGCCGCAGCGUCACGCGACGUCAGUGUGGAAGACUCUCUGUACGAGACAGUCAAGGAGCUCAAAGAUCCCGCCGCACAGCCUGGCCUCCCCAACGGUACCGUCCGGCCGAGUCCAGACGAACCCCCCCCUCACCCCCCCGCACUCUUCAACGGUAACCUCAGCCCGUGCACACCUGAGCGGCUUCCCCUGUGCGCCGGGGUGGAGUACGCCUCCGUCGACCUGAAGAAGAAGAGCCGCCACAGCGCCGACAUGGAGGCCAAGCGCCGCUCCGAUAACGCGGCCGCGCCCUCUCACAAGCCUCUGCAGGAAUCAGAGGAGGACUUGCCUCCGCCAGUGCCAGAGAAGGUUCUGGACGAAAACGACAACCAGCCGGUGGUGAUGAACGGGCUGGCAGGGGCCGGGCUGCACAACGGAGAGUUACACUCCCCCCUGUCUCCCCCGCCAGGGUUCAACAACCACAUUCUGUCAGACAAUGAAGCAGCAGUGUACUCUACAGUCGACAAGACGAACCGCGGAGACGCACUCGAGGAGGACAAAGAGCACGACUACAGCAGCAUCGCCGAGCUCAAAGGUCUGGUCCCUGCCUCUUCCUCCAGUGACCUCUACGCCACUGUCCGAGACAUCUACACCCAGCCCGACGACCCUCAGCUGGGGGGCGACCAGAUAUUGGACAGCAUGGAUCCCGGCUAUGAAACCAUCCGCAUCCCAAAGACUAAUGGUUUGGAUGAUGAGCACAGGGCGAGGCCUGGAGCGGAGGGUUCAGACGCUGCCACAGCGGAGCCCGACUAUGAGAGCGUUGGAGAGUUGGGUCUGGGUAGCGAAGCGUCCCGCCUCUAAGUGUUUUCUUAUCAUCUUCAUCUGUGGCAGUUUGGGAGAAGCCUCUUCCCUGACACAUCUGGGGGACACCAGCAGAAAAUGGCUCAAGAAAACCAAAUCCAUCAUCAAUGCAUGAGUGUCCUCUUUACAGCUUGGGUACGGUUUAUAAUAGCUGAUCUCUUCAUGCAUCACCCGGGGUCAAUGUUGUUGGUACUGGUAGGUCUAGUCGUAAAUGAACUGCAGCAUCUCAGUCACUGGGCAUUAGUCGUGUGGAAGAUUGCACUUUGGAUCUUUGGUGAAUUUGUCUGUGACAUCUUUGUGUGCGGACAGUGAAUGAUCAUGUGAUUGACACACACACACACACAGCAUUUUCAAGGGUUAGCUGAGGAUACAAUCCUGUGUGCCUGUAAUGUUAAAAAAAAAAGAAAAAAGAAAGAAUUCGGUGCCAUAUAUCUCAUGAAAUUCAUGCACUUGCUGUACAUACGAAGGCGACGUUAUUCGUACUCCCCCUGCUUCCAUCUGCGAGUGACUUUCUAGCUUCUUCCCAGUGACUGUCAUGUAUUAUUGAGGUGUCGUGUCGUGGUUUUUAUGUCGUGCCUUUUCCUCCGCUGCAUUCCCCGCGUGAGAUUCCAUGCAAGAGGGACGGCGGCGUGGGAAAAAAGAAAAAGUCUUACCUGCGACUGACCGUCAAAGCACAUCGUCAAACAUAAACGGGGACACUUUUAACUGCGACGCCUUACGCUGAGACUGUUCAGCGCGACGCAGGUCAGGGGAUGUGAGACGAGUCAUCUGCAGAACCAAAAUGGAAACAAGAGCUUAGGGGAAGGAGGUGGAUGUUACGCGAGCUUGCAGUUUCAACAAUACAUUUGAAAUGUAUUUUUAAAUGUUUUACAGUCCCAUGUUUUCCCGUGAGGUUCAUAUUUAUUUAAAAGAUGCUUAUUGUGAUGUAGCUGUGAGACGUCACUAGUGCGUGUGUGAGAGAAGAGUGCGUAGGGUUGUAUAGAAGUUCCUCGUGUUUCUAUUUGGAUUCAUACUAAAUGAAAGGGUACGCUUUUCCCUAACUUAAAAAAAAUAUAUAUAUAUAUAUAUACGUCCAUCGUUUUUGCACAGUGGUCUAAAGAAAUUCAAAAGACUUGUAAUGUGAUAAAAUGGCACAGCCUUGUAUUAUGAAUAUUAAUACGAUCUUUUCUUGUUGUCACGCUUUAUGAGCCGACGCUUUGGUACAGUUCACCGUCUUCAGUUUGCAUGCGGGAUUACUUUAAAGCACAAUGUUUAAUAUGAUGGUACUGCAUUUAUGUCUCUGCACAAUUUCCAAUAUCUAUGUUUCUUUUCUUUUCUUUGACUUACUAGCAACACUCUGACAAACAAUACUGACGACAUGCCAACCAGGGCUUGUGUAUGUAUAUGUAUAUAUGUAUGUAUAUAUAUAUAUAUGUAUGUAUAU